AAGCUUAGGUUGCGGUCUGGCCAAGGGAUCUGCCUUCUUCGCUCUCGAGCUUGCCGCCGCUGUGUGGUAGCUGUGCCUCGGCAGGGAGCUUUCGAGCUUUAGCAGCGCCGAAGAGGAGGAGGGAAGGGCGGGAGAAGAAGAAGAAGCCGCGUCGGCGAAAGCAGCUUCAGAAGCACCCGCGAAGCAAGGACAGCAGCCACGCAGGGAUGGAUCACUAUGACUCCCAGCAGACCAAUGACUAUAGGCAGCCGGAAGAAGACUGGGACAGGGAUCUCCUCUUGGAUCCAGCCUGGGAGAAGCAGCAGAGAAAGACAUUUACAGCAUGGUGUAACUCUCACCUCCGCAAGGCUGGCACCCAGAUUGACAACAUAGAAGAAGACUUCAGAGAUGGCCUGAAGCUCAUGCUACUCCUGGAAGUUAUAUCAGGUGAACGUUUGGCUAAGCCAGAAAGAGGCAAAAUGCGAGUGCAUAAAAUCUCAAAUGUGAACAAAGCUCUGGAUUUUAUUGCUAGCAAAGGAGUCAAGCUGGUCUCCAUUGGAGCUGAAGAGAUUGUUGAUGGGAAUGCAAAAAUGACGCUUGGCAUGAUUUGGACCAUCAUCCUUCGUUUUGCCAUUCAGGAUAUCUCAGUAGAAGAGACAUCUGCGAAAGAAGGGCUUUUGCUGUGGUGCCAGAGGAAAACUGCCCCUUACAAAAAUGUGAACAUCCAAAACUUCCAUAUUAGCUGGAAAGAUGGUCUUGGUUUUUGUGCAUUGAUCCACAGACAUCGUCCAGAACUUAUUGAUUAUGGAAAACUAAGAAAGGACGACCCUCUUACAAAUCUGAAUACAGCUUUUGAUGUGGCUGAAAGAUACUUAGAUAUUCCAAAGAUGUUGGAUGCAGAAGACAUUGUUGGAACAGCCCGUCCUGACGAGAAGGCCAUCAUGACCUAUGUUUCUAGCUUCUACCACGCCUUCUCAGGAGCCCAGAAGGCUGAAACGGCAGCCAAUCGCAUCUGCAAGGUGCUGGCUGUGAAUCAAGAGAAUGAGCAGCUAAUGGAAGACUAUGAGAAGUUGGCCAGUGAUCUGUUGGAAUGGAUCCGGCGCACCAUACCAUGGUUGGAGAAUCGGGCACCUGAGAACACCAUGCAAGCCAUGCAGCAGAAACUGGAAGAUUUCCGAGAUUACCGCCGCCUUCACAAGCCUCCCAAAGUCCAAGAGAAAUGCCAGCUGGAAAUCAACUUCAACACAUUGCAAACUAAGCUGAGGCUUAGCAACAGGCCAGCCUUCAUGCCUUCGGAAGGGAAAAUGGUUUCGGAUAUAAAUAAUGCCUGGUCUGGCCUGGAGCAGGCUGAGAAAGGAUAUGAAGAGUGGCUGUUGAAUGACAUCCGACGAUUAGAACGACUGGAUCAUCUAGCAGAGAAGUUCCGGCAAAAAGCUUCCAUUCAUGAAUCCUGGACAGAGGGCAAAGAAGCCAUGUUGCAGCAGAAGGAUUAUGAAACAGCCACCCUCUCAGAGAUCAAGGCUCUGCUAAAGAAACACGAGGCCUUUGAAAGUGAUCUGGCUGCUCACCAGGACCGUGUAGAACAGAUCGCUGCUAUUGCACAAGAACUCAAUGAGCUAGAUUAUUAUGAUUCACCGAGUGUCAAUGCCAGAUGCCAGAAAAUAUGUGACCAGUGGGAUAACCUUGGAGCUCUAACCCAAAAACGUCGAGAAGCAUUGGAGAGAACAGAAAAACUGCUGGAAACGAUUGAUCAGCUGUAUCUAGAGUAUGCCAAACGAGCUGCACCUUUUAAUAAUUGGAUGGAGGGCGCUAUGGAGGACCUUCAGGAUACAUUUAUUGUCCACACAAUUGAAGAGAUUCAGGGACUGACCACAGCCCAUGAACAGUUUAAAGCUACCUUGCCAGAUGCUGACAAAGAGCGACAAGCUAUCCUAGGAAUCCACAAUGAAGUGUCAAAAAUUGUCCAGACCUACCAUGUCAACAUGGCAGGAACCAAUCCUUACACCACUAUCAGCCCACAGGAAAUCAAUGGCAAAUGGGACCAUGUGAGACAACUUGUUCCCAGAAGAGAUCAGGCCCUGAUGGAAGAACAUGCACGGCAGCAGCAUAACGAGAGACUCCGCAAACAAUUUGGGGCUCAGGCCAAUGUCAUUGGGCCCUGGAUCCAAACCAAGAUGGAGGAGAUUGGCCGCAUCUCCAUAGAGAUGCACGGGACCCUGGAGGACCAGCUUAAUCACCUGCGGCAGUAUGAGAAGAGCAUUGUGAACUAUAAACCAAAGAUUGAUCAGCUGGAGGGAGAUCACCAGCAGAUUCAGGAGGCUCUAAUCUUCGAUAAUAAGCACACCAACUACACUAUGGAGAUUGUUGCUGAAUUUUAUUUCCUAACCCAGGGUGAGGCAGAGUUUGCUCGAAUCAUGAGCAUUGUGGAUCCCAAUCGCAUUGGAGUGGUGACAUUCCAGGCCUUCAUUGACUUCAUGUCCCGGGAAACAGCAGAUACUGAUACAGCUGACCAAGUUAUGGCCUCUUUCAAGAUCCUGGCUGGAGAUAAAAACUAUAUCACUGUGGAUGAAUUACGGCGGGAGCUGCCUCCAGAUCAAGCUGAAUAUUGCAUUGCUAGAAUGGCACCUUAUACUGGGCUGGAUUCUGUACCUGGUGCCCUGGACUACAUGUCUUUCUCGACAGCUCUCUAUGGCGAAAGUGACCUUUAACCUCUCUAUCCACAUCACCUGACCUUGUUCCAUCCAGGUGCACUUUUCGUUCUGUCUGCAAGCAGGCUCUGAGCUACCUUCUUGUUCCCCUUCUUGCUUCCACAUCAAAGAACAGCUUUCCUUUGGGAUGGGCGGGGAAGGUCUUGGAAUGAAAUAGCCAAUCACAGCCUUGAAAAAGGGCGGUUCCCAAAAUUUGCAGGGGGAAGCGGGACGAGGUUACAUUUAAGCAAACUUAUUUUAUUAUAGAAAAAGUAUUUUUCUCCAAGGUUGAAGCAUAAAUAGAAAAAAGUUUAAAGUAUUACACCAAAUAUGGCUGGUGAGAAAGUCCCCACCCCCUUUUUUUUUUCUUUUGUUCCAACAUAGGAAAUGAAGGUCAGUGUUGUAUUCCAUUCUUAUACCUGAAGCCUGGCACGCUUCUUCUAUCCUGAGUCAACUUUCUCACCUGUCUCUUAUUUCUUUAUCGUAUUGUUUUACAGAGGAGGAGAUGGGCAAAUGCAUGUAUUGCUGGUUCACUCAUUUCAUGAAAAUAUUUUACAAUAAAACUUUUUGAGAUUGCUGUGUUUUUUUUAGGGAAAAAUAAUGUACACAGCUCAUGUUUUCAUAUUUAAUUAAAAUUACAAUCUGCCUACCUGUGUAUUGUUGCUGAAACUUGUCUGGUCCCCAAAUAUGGCGCUUGAGAGUUGGCAUCUUUGAUAUUGCUUGUCACAGACCAUAUUAAAAAAAAAAUCUUGUAAUAACAAA